AGCAACGAAUCAACAUUUCCUCUUGUCACCGUUGGAUCAAUAUUUAAAAUUUCGGGAAAAUGUUUGAGGAAUUCGAAGAGUUGCCGGAACUUCCUCCCCUGCCGGAAAUCGGAUCCGACGAUGAAGAAAAUCCGAGUCACUUCAUCCGCCGGAUCAAAGAGGAUUUUUUGUAUCCUCCACUCAUCGCACCGCAGUCGUGGACCAAAACCGUCCCGGAGAAAUUCUCACAACAGUACUACAAACCUAGUGAGACGAUCGGGGCGGCGUUCACACCGUCGGCGCAGAAGUUGAGGAUUCAAGCCUUGAGGGUGAAGCCGAAGAACAAGAGAGAUCCAGAGAGGAAUCCAAUCGGGGAAGAUGGAAAGUUGUGUUAUCCUCCGACAAAGUACAGGUACAUGCAAGAAGAGGAAGACAGGAUUAGGGAAAUGGAGGAAGAAAGGAAUAGGGAGAGGCACGUGGUCCCGGGAAUAGUGAAUCUGGAGGACUUGCUAACGGGUGAGUAUAUGAGAAAGAAAAGGAGACAGAUGGACAUCAAGAAGAAGGAGAAGAAUAUGAAGAGGAAAUUGUCGCGGGAGGAAAUCGAUUACAUACCGGACGACACCAAAAAAUUGAAGAGACUGCAAGCGGUUCUUCCUAAAGACCCCGACAAACAAAAACGCAUCCUCUUCGAACAAACUGAGAGAUACAUGAAGAUAUUAAUCUCCGAAGAAGACGAAACACGCUACAACUACUACUUCAACGAAGGUAUCCAAGAAUCAGACUUGUCUCCUUACGACAGAACCUACAUAGUCAAAGCCAUCACGAAAAUACCAGCAAGAUACAAACUCUUGAAAGACUACAAACCCAUGAUCACCACCCACGAGAACGAAAUCAUGGAAUUUUAUAGUUACCACACCCGAAAAAACCUUCUCCACUACAUCCUCAAAGACCCAAAAGAAUUGAAACGGUUACGCAUCCAACAAAUCCCUUGUGAUUACCCUGUUUUGGUGGUACGAGCACCAGUACCAUGGCACAAUACUUUCUGUGUAUCGCAACAACUAAUGGAGAAGCACUUUUACAACGGGAACAUAGUUGUUCUUCAAAUAAGAGACCUGUGGGAGAACAAAUACGUGGACAUGAUGAUCAUACCAGACAACCGUUUGGAAGAUACAGGAAAAUUCCCCUUAGAAAUGGAAGAUCUGGAAAGACAGAUCGACGCGAUUUGUGACGAAUCGAGACGCAUCCUCGUCAAGGAAUGGUUACCGUCGUGCGCAGACGUCUUCCUCAAAAACAAAUCAGCGUGGAAGAAGUACAUCCCGAUGAGACCAUCGGAUUCCCCGGUUUUGGUGGAACGGUUCUUUGAUUGUGUGAACGGGUUGCUUUCCAUGCAACUCAGAAGUCUUGUGAUGAGGUCUUUGGAACAUUUUCUGCGCUUCUUGGUCAAAUUCAAGGACGGUAACGAUUUCGGAAGCGAGUACCAAGACAUGGCUCUGAUCAACUUGCCAGUGAUCAAAGUUACUCCCAGAGUGGACAAAGAGACCCAAAAAAUUGUCCUCCACCCUCCUCUGACCGACAUCAGCGAGUUCAUUAAUCGCUGCUUCAACAAAAUUCUAGAAGUCAAUAGGAAAAUUCCGAAGAUCGAGAACAUCAUGUUUCCAGAAUUUGCAUCAAAGGAAACUUUCUUGUUCCCUGUAUUGCGUGAGGAGUUGCCUGUCGAAGACAUCUUCCAGGAAGGUUUGAAAUAUUUCGACACUAAUUUGAUCGGUCCUUUGAAUUAUUUGAAGAUGUAUGAUAAGUACCUCUACAUUCUCGAGGGAGAAGCCGAGAACGAGAUGUUGAAGUUCUUUGAAGUUGUUCCAUUCCCGUUUUUGAAAGAUUUUGCCAAAAAGAUCUACUACUAUGCAGACUUAAGAGACGAGAUGAUCUUCCUGAGACGCUCUAUUCCACUUAACUUUAUCAGUUUGGAGUGUGGGGAGCUCAACGACACUUUAUACAACAUCGUAGAUAAUAUUCGAAGCCACAUCGUCAACUACUUCAUAACCGAGAAUCAUGACCACAACCGAAAAAUUUGCGACGUCUUCGACGAAAUGUCGCAGAAGGUGAGCGUUGGUACCGACACUGUCGCAGAACUCGUCGCCCUCUUUAAUUACGUGAUGGAGUGCAGAGACGUCACCAUGUACAACUUACGAGAACAGAUUAGGAAGACUGCCGAAAACGUGAGUUUCCUGAUGGACCAUGCCCACUUGUCUCCCGAAGACAUCACUCUAAAUUCUCGAGUGUUCCUCUGGCCCAAAGAAAUGGAAAACAUCAUCGAACUAGCCAUACAAAGACUCAACAUGAAAAGGGAACAAGCGGAAGUCAACCUGAAAAGCAAACGAACUAUUUUCGAAGCCAAACUCAAACGUCACGAGAAACUGUUGGUCGCUUUCAAAAAAAGAGAUCCACCUUUGUUGACUAUGGAAGAAAUGGAGGACUGCGUGACCGCAGUUGAGGAUCUCGUCCAAAAACUCAACGAAGACAAACAAGAAGCCGAUAUAAUCAACGAAGAAGAACAAUUACUAGAUUUUGAUCCUUCUUCUUUCCUUAAUUUACAAAAAAUGCUCACUGUUGUCGAUCCGUACGACAAACUGUGGCACACGGUACUCAAUUUCCACGUUCAGUACGACUUGUGGUACUACGGGCCGUUCGCCGAUUUAGAUGCUGAAGAAAUCUCCGAGUCCGUUGAAAACACAUGGAAAAUCCUCUACAAACUUGCUAAAACUCUUCACGAUAAUCCAGCAGCGAGAAGAAUCGCGGAAAUGGUCAGAGCUAAAGUUGAGAAGUUCAGACAGUUCUUGCCGGUUUUGCAAACUGUGUGUAACAAAGGGCUGCAGAAGCGACAUUGGGAUGGCAUUGGUGAACUGAUCGGUCAAGAGAUCGUGGUCACACCCGAGCUGACUCUAAACGACAUGAUCGAACUGGGAUUGCCUAAAUUUACGACACAGCUGGAAGAAAUCAGUGUAUCUGCAUCGAAAGAGUACGAACUGGAGAAGAACUUGAUGAAGAUGAAAGAGGAAUGGGCUGACAUUGCCUUCGACUUGGUACCGUACAGAGAGACCGGUGUUCACAUUUUGACGUCUGUGGACGACAUCCAGCUGUUGAUGGACGACCAUUUGUUGAAAGCACAGACCAUGAGGGGUUCCCCGUACGUGAAACCCUUCGAAGAGGAAAUGCAAGCUUGGGAGCACAAGUUGAUUUCGAUGCAAGAUAUUCUAGAAGCUUGGUUAACUUGCCAGGUUACAUGGAUGUACCUGGAACCGAUCUUCAGCUCCGAAGACAUAAUGAGACAAAUGCCGGCGGAAGCUCGCAAUUUCAAACAAGUGGAUAAAAUCUGGAGAGCCAUUCAAUCACACACCGUCAAACAUCCGAAGGUCUUGGUGGCAACCGAUUUUAAGAGCAUGCUUAAUUCUUUGCGGGAGUGUAAUCGUCUGUUGGACGACAUCCAGAAAGGACUGAACGACUAUCUAGAGAAGAAGCGAUUAUUCUUCCCACGGUUCUUCUUCUUAUCCAACGACGAGCUUCUGGAAAUCUUGUCAGAAACUAAGGACCCGUACAGGGUGCAACCUCAUCUCAAGAAAUGCUUCGAAGGCAUCAACUUGUUGGACUUCAACGAAGAGGAAGAAAUCAUGGGAAUGAUGAGCGUCGAAAGAGAAUUAGUACCGUUCAGUGGGAAAAUCGUCCCGGCUGAAGCUAAAGGAAUGGUGGAGAAGUGGUUGGUCCAAGUCGAAAGCAUGAUGUUGCAAUCACUCAAAGACAUCACAGCGGAGUCGCUCAAAGCCGCUGCCACCGCUAAACGGAUCGACUGGAUUCACGAAUGGCCUGGACAGAUCGUCCAGUGUUGCAACUGCAUUCAAUGGACGAACGACGUGACUCAAGCCAUUCUUGAAGGAACGCUGAAACAGCAAACCGAACUGUGUACCAAACAGAUAGAAACCAGCGUCAAAAUGAUCCAAGGUCGACUGUCUAUAGGUACUCAAAUCACAGUCGAAGCUCUUAUAGUAAUAGACGUCCAUGGACGGGACAUCGUCAAGAAACUCCACGAGCUAAAGGUAAAAGGGAUCAGUGACUUCAACUGGAUUUCACAAUUAAGGUACUACUGGGCGGAGAACCUUGUCCGAGUGUGCAUGAUCACGACGGAAGUUAUGUACGGUUUCGAGUACCUAGGUAACACUGGGAGGUUAGUAGCGACGCCGUUAACCGAUCGCUGCUACCGCACACUCAUGGGGGCUCUGAAACUCCAUCUAGGAGGAGCUCCCGAAGGACCCGCCGGUACCGGAAAAACCGAAACUUGCAAAGAUUUAGCAAAGGCGGUCGCGAAGAAGUGCGUGGUGUUUAACUGUUCCGACGGAUUAGAUUACAAAGCUUUAGGGAAGUUCUUCAAAGGGUUGGCACAAUCAGGAGCUUGGUCGUGCUUCGACGAGUUCAACAGAAUCGAACUCGAAGUGCUUUCGGUUGUAGCGCAACAAAUUCUAAGCAUACAGAUGGCCGUUGCAGCAAACCUAAAAAAGUUUGUUUUCGAAGGUACGGAAAUCACUCUAGAUCCGACCUGUAUGGUUUUCAUUACCAUGAAUCCUGGAUAUGCCGGUCGCCAGGAGUUACCCGAUAACUUGAAAGUGCUUUUCCGGACGGUGGCCAUGAUGGUACCGGACUACGCCAUGAUCGGCGAAAUCUCGCUGUAUUCGUACGGUUUCGUCGAAGCGGGACCGUUAUCACAGAAGAUCGUCCACACGUAUAAACUCUGCUCGGAGCAACUGUCGUCCCAAAAUCACUACGACUACGGGAUGAGAGCCGUCAAGUCCGUUCUACUGGCUGCUGGGGCUCUCAAAAGACAAUACCCGAGGACUUCGGAGGCCCAACUCGUCCUGAGGGCCAUCAUCGAUGUGAAUCUACCCAAAUUCUUAGCUCAAGACGUUCCUCUAUUCGAAGGUAUCUUCUCCGACUUGUUCCCCGGCGUCGAAAUCCCCAAGUUCGAAAGAGACGAGCUCAUCCAAUACCUCAUCCAAGAAAUUAAGAAGAAAAACUUACAACCCACGGAAUGGUUCGUCGGGAAGUGUAUGCAAAUCUACGAGAUGAUCCUCGUCCGACACGGGCUGAUGAUCGUCGGACGUCCGAUGGGUGGUAAAACUUGUGCUUACCAGUCGCUAGCUGAAGGUCUUGGAACUUUAUCCAAAGACCCCAAAGCUAAUCUUCGCGAAAACCGAGUGGUUUACCGGAUCAUCAACCCUAAAGCCAUCACCAUGGGACAAUUGUACGGCCAGUUCGACCCGGCGUCCCACGAAUGGUCUGACGGUGUUUUAGCCAACACGUUCCGCGAAUUUGCAGUCAGUCCCACCAAAGACCGGAAGUGGAUUCUGUUCGACGGUCCAGUGGACGCUGUUUGGAUCGAAAAUAUGAACACGGUGUUGGACGACAACAAGAAACUGUGUCUGAUGUCCGGAGAAAUCAUCCAAAUGUCGCCUCAGAUGAACCUGAUUUUUGAACCGGCGGAUUUAGAGCAGGCCUCUCCGGCUACCGUCUCCCGUUGCGGGAUGAUCUACAUGGAACCGAACCUACUGGGUUGGAGGCCUCUCUUGAACUCGUAUCUAACAACCUUGUCGAAGUCUUUGAUCCCGGAACAGAUGGAAGUGUUUUGCGACGUCAUCGACUGGUUGGUGCCGGCUUGUUUCAAACAAAUUAAAAAAUUGAAAGUGUUUGUGGAGAGUUCCGAAACCCAUUUGUUCCAUACUUUCACCAGACUCUUCACGUGCAUGUUGGCCAACGAACAACAAGUCAGCACACUGUGGUUACAAUGCACCUUGAUCUUCUGUCUGGCGUGGGGUUUGGCCUCGAUUUUAACCCUCGAAGGCCAACAAAGCUUCGACGUGUUCUACCGUAAAGUUCUGAACGGAGAGUCCAAAAAGUACCCCAAACCGAAAUCGUACAAACUCAGCAAAGCGCAAAUCUUUCCAGAACGGGCUUCCAUUUUUGAUUGGAUCUUCGACAAACGCAACAACGGAAGCUGGAUUAAUUGGUUGGACACGGCGGAUAAAGUUCAACAGAUACCUUUCAACGCGAAACCCAGCGAACUCAUCAUCCAGACGAACCAGUCGUGCUGCCAAAGGUUCUUCUUGAAGCUGUACCAAGACAACAAGCUACCUUUGUUGUUUGUGGGACCUACGGGAACCGGGAAGACUGCAGUGGUUUUGGACCACUUGAUGAAUCUACCGAAGGAGAAGUUCUUGCCUAACGUGGUUAACUUCAGUGCGAGGACCACCUCCGUGAUGACCCAGGAAAUGGUCAUGUCGAAGUUGGACAAGCGACGACGGGGGGUGUAUGGACCUUCCAUGGGCAAGACUUGCGUUCUUUUCGUGGAUGAUUUGGGUAUACCGCAGAAGGAGACGUGGGGGGCUCAACCACCAGUGGAGCUGCUGAGGCAAUGGAUAGACCAUGGUCAUUGGUUUGAUAAAGACACGACGGUGCUCCAGUUGGUGGAUGUGAAUUUUAUCGGUGCGAUGGGCCCACCCGGUGGGGGUCGCAACGAAGUCACCGACCGCUUCCUCCGCCACAUGCAAAUCGUCGGAAUCGACUCCUUCGACGACAACACCCUCACUAAAAUCUUUUGUACGAUUUUGGACUGGCACUUCUCCAGAGGGUACGACGAACCAGUGGCACGUCUCUACAAAUGGUGCGUUGGGGCAACCAUGGAUGUGUACAAGCAAGCGAUCCUCCAGUUCCUGCCAACCCCCGCGAAGUCGCACUACACUUUCUCUUUGCGCGACUUCUCCAGAGUGAUCAACGGGGUCAUGCUAACCCCACCGGCCCGCAUGACCGACCCAGACAAAUUCAUCCGUUUGUGGAUCCACGAAAGUUAUCGAGUCUUCCACGACCGACUCAUCGACGACGAGGACCGCAAACUCCUCUUUAACAUCGUUCGGGAAUCCACCUACCAGAACUACCGCCAACCCAUGGACAAAGUCUGUGCGAUUUUAGUCCCUGAUGGAGAGACCCUCGGUCCCACUCACAUCCGGAACUUAUUCUACGGAAACUACAUCGAGCCCGACGCCGAACCCAAAAUCUACGACGAGAUCACCGACCUAGACUUACUGACCGAAAAAAUGAACUACUACCUAGGGGAGUACAACUUGAUAUCGAAGUCACCGAUGAACCUAGUUAUGUUCAAGUUCGCAAUCGAGCACGUGUCCCGGGUGUCACGGGUCCUGAUGCAACCCAACGGAAACGUACUCCUGGUGGGGAUGGGUGGACUGGGGCGGCACAGUGCCGCCCGUCUCGCCGCCUCCAUCGCCGAACAGAACACGUACGAAAUCGAGAUCACCAGAACGUACGGGAUUUAUGACUGGCGCGAAGAUCUGAAGAAGCUACUAUUGAAGGCUGGGGGCGAAGGAAAACCGAUCGUGUUCAUCUUCGCCGACACGCAAAUCGCCGACGAGAUGUUCAUCGAGGACAUCAACACGGUGUUGAAUACCGCCGACGUCCCGAAUCUGUAUGCUCCGGACGAGAAGGCGGAGAUUUUAGAGAGGAUGCAAGCCGCUGCGAGGGAUAGCGGGAAGAAGAUCGAGUUGACGCCGCUGGCGCUGUACAACUUCUUCAUCGAGAGGGUGAAGAGGAAUCUUCACGUGGCGUUGUGUUUGAGUCCGAUCGGGGAUUCGUUUAGGGUGAGGUGUCGGAUGUUUCCGUCGUUGAUCAACUGUUGUACCAUCGACUGGUUUCAGAAGUGGCCCGACGAUGCUCUGGAAAGGGUAGCCUACAUGUUUCUCAUAGAAACGAACUUCGAUGAGCCUACGACAGACAUGUGUGUCAGAAUUUGCCAGUACUUUCACCUGACGGUGUCUCAAGCUUCGGAAAUGUUCUACAAGGAGCAACGACGGAGGACUUAUGUCACUCCGACGUCGUACCUAGAACUUAUCCAAACGUUCAAAUCUUUCUACUUCCUUAAAGUGGAACAAAUCACCAACCAGAAGAAUCGCUACGAAACCGGUUUACAAAAACUAGACUUUGCUGCUGGUCAGGUCGGUUUGAUGCAAGACGAAUUACGCGAACUACAACCGAAACUAGUGGUAGCGUCGGCGGUCACCGAGAAACUCAUGAUCAAAAUCGAACAAGACACCGUCAUCGUGGAAAAAAAGAAAGAGAUAGUGGGGGCCGACGAAGCCUUAGCUAACGAGGCGGCAGCAGCCGCUCAAGCUAUCAAAGACGACUGCGAAUCGGACUUAUCCGAAGCAAUGCCAGCCCUCGAGGCCGCUCUCAAAGCCUUAAACACCCUCACCCCCAACGACAUCACCAUGGUCAAAUCCAUGAAAAACCCUCCUUCUGGAGUGAAACUCGUGAUGGAAGCUGUCUGCGUGAUGAAGCAAAUCAAACCCGAUAGGAAGCCCGACUUGACCACCGGUCGCAUGGUCGAAGACUUCUGGGGCCCCUCCAUCAAGCUCCUCGGAGACAUGAAGUUCCUCGAAAACCUAAAAAGCUACGACAAGGACAACAUCCCGACCGCCGUCAUGAAGCGCAUCCGUGAAAGAUACAUGCCCGAUCGGGAGUUCAACCCGGAACGCAUCAAGACCGUCUCCACCGCCUGCGAAGGUCUCUGCAAGUGGGUCCGAGCGAUGGAGGUAUACGACCGAGUGAUCAAAAUCGUGGCUCCGAAGAAAGCCGCUCUGGCGGAAGCCGAAGCCGAAUUGGCAGCCCAGAUGGACACUCUUAACGAGAAACGGGCGCAGCUGCAGGAAGUCACCGAUAAACUUCAGGCGCUGAACGACGAAUUCGCCGCCGAAACCAAGAAGAAGAAAGAGCUGGAAGACCAGAUCGAGAUCUGCUCCCAGAAACUAGAUCGGGCGGAAAAGCUGAUCGGCGGGUUGGGUGGCGAGAAGUCGCGAUGGUCGCAAGCCGCCAAGGACUUGAUGGCGUUGUUGGAGAACGUCAUCGGGGACGUGAUCUUGUCGUCGGGGGCGGUGGCGUACUUGGGGGCCUUCACGGUGGAUUACAGAACGGGGCUGUUGAAGGACUGGAAUCAGUUUUGUCUAAAGUUGGGGAUUCCGUGUUCGCAGAAUUUCUCGCUGGUUGCCACCAUGGGAGAUCCGCUUGAUAUACGAACGUGGAAUAUAGCGGGGCUUCCGGUCGACAAUUACAGCAUCGAGAACGGGAUUAUCGCGACGAAAGCGAGACGGUGGCCGUUGAUGAUUGAUCCACAGGGACAAGCGAAUAAGUGGGUGAAGAAUUUCGAGAAGCAGAAUAAACUACAAGUAAUCAAGCUAACAGAUGCCAACUACGUGAGGGUUUUAGAAAACGCGAUCCAGUUCGGCACACCUGUAAUACUCGAGAACAUCAUGCAAGAGAUCGAUGCAGCGUUGGACCCGGUUUUGAUCAAGAACAUUUUCAAACAACAAGGAAUUUGGUAUUUGAAACUAGGGGACAACUUGUUGGAGUAUUCGUUAAAUUUUCGCUUCUACAUAACGACGAGACUGAGAAACCCCCACUAUUUGCCCGAAACGGCAGUCAAAGUCACUUUGUUGAACUUCAUGCUGACAUCGCAAGGCCUCCAGGACCAACUUCUGGGGAUCGUAGUGGCACGAGAGCGACCCGAACUCGAAGAGAAGAAAAACUCGAUGAUCGUCGAAAGCGCCAACAACAAGAAGAUGCUGAAGGAAAUCGAAGACAAGAUUUUAGAGGUGCUGUCGACAUCGGAAGGCAACAUCCUGGAGGACGAGACCGCCAUCAAGAUCCUCUCGUCGAGUAAAGUCCUGUCCGAAGAAAUCCAAGAAAAACAGAAAUUGGCUGCCGUCACGGAGAAAGAAAUCGACAGUGCGAGGAAUUUGUAUAUACCGGUCUCGAAACACUCCUCAGUUCUAUUCUUCUGCAUAUCGGAUCUGGCGAACAUCGACCCCAUGUACCAAUACUCGAUGACCUGGUUCAUCAAUCUUUACAACCAGUCGAUCACGAAUAGCGAAAAAUCGCCAGUUCUGGAGCUACGCCUGGGCUACUUGAACGACCACUUCACCAACAGCAUCUACAGGAACGUCUGUCGUUCGCUCUUCGAGAAAGACAAGUUGAUCUUCUCCCUCGUUCUAACAGUUGGGAUCUUGCGAUCCCAGAAACUCAUCGACGAAGACGUCUGGACGUUCCUUCUCACCGGAGGCGUGUCUCUAGACAAUCCCUUUCCAAAUCCGGCCCCCGAAUGGCUCUCCGAAAAAUGCUGGUCCGAGAUCGUCAGAGCCAGCCAUCUGUCCGGUCUCGACGGCUUCAAAAACCACUUCGAGAAAAAUGUUCAGGUAUGGAAAAAGUUCUACGAUAUCUCCAACCCGAACGAAGUCCCGUGUCCCGAGCCCUUCCACGAACUGAAAGGUUUAACCAGAUUGGUAGCGUUGCGCUGCAUCCGCCCGGACAAAAUAGUACCAGCUGUGCAGUCGUACAUCGUCGAAGAAAUGGGUCCGAGGUACCUCGAGCCGCCACAGUUCAACCUAGAGGAGUCCUACAACGACAGCCACUGCUGUUCUCCUCUGAUUUUCAUUCUGAGUCCAGGGUCUGACCCCAUGGCCGGGUUGGUGCGUUUCGCGGCUGACAAAGGCAUACAGAAGACGGACUUGAUGACGAUAUCGCUGGGGCAAGGACAAGGACCCAUCGCGUCACAGAUGAUCAACAAGGGACUCGAAACCGGCCAGUGGGUGGUUCUGCAGAACUGUCACUUGGCGGCUAGUUGGAUGCGGGAGUUGGACCGGAUUUGCGACGAAGUGGUCAUUCCGGAGUUUGCCAACGAGAAUUUCAGGUUGUGGCUGACGAGCUACCCGAGUAACGCCUUCCCGGUGGCCAUCCUCCAGAACGGUGUGAAAAUGACGAAUGAGGCUCCGAAAGGGUUACGCCAGAACCUUCUGCGUUCCUACAUGUCGGAUCCUAUUUCUGACCCCACGUUCUACAAUUCGGUGGAGAACUGGAGAUCUUUCCAGGUCAUUUUAUUUUCGCUGUGUUUCUUUCACGGGAUCGUGCAAGAAAGAAGGAAAUUUGGGCCACUGGGAUGGAAUAUUCCUUACGAGUUUAACGAGUCGGAUUUGACGAUUUGUGUUUUGCAGCUGCAGAUGUUUCUGCAAGAUUAUAAAGACGUACCGUUUGACGCCUUGACGUACUUAGCUGGAGAGUGCAACUACGGCGGUCGAGUCACCGAUGAUAAGGAUCGCAGGCUUUUGAACUCCCUUUUGUCGAUUUUUUACACACCGGAAGUCAUCACGAAACCACUGUACGCGUUCUCACCAAGCGGACUUUAUUACGUACCUGUGGACACUACUUACGAGGGUUGUCUUGGUUACAUACGCAACCUUCCGAUAAUACCCCAGCCGGAAGUCUACGGUUUACACGAGAACGCCGACAUCACCAAAGACAAUCAAGAGACGCAAAUACUACUCAACGGAGUUUUGCUCACCCAAACCCACAUCACAGCCGGUGGUGGUGGCGACGACACCCAAGACGUCCUUAUAGACCUAGCGAAUGACAUUCUCACCAAAAUACCCGCACAAUUUGACGUGGAGGACGUCAGCGAGAAGUACCCGGUGAUGUACAGCAACUCCAUGAACACCGUUUUGAGACAGGAACUCAUUCGGUUCAAUCGACUGACGGAAGUGGUCAAACGUACGCUCUCCUUCAUGAUUAAAGCCGUCAAAGGUCUGGUGGUGAUGUCCGGAGAGCUCGAAGAAGUGUGCAAGUCGCUGAUGGUAGGAAAAGUACCAACAGCGUGGGCUAACAAGAGCUACCCCAGUUUGAAACCGUUAGGGUCUUAUAUACUCGACUUGAUUCAAAGGUUGAAAUUUUUCCAAGAUUGGAUAGAACAAGGACCGCCUACAGUCUUCUGGUUGUCGGGUUUCUACUUCACCCAGUCUUUCCUCACCGGAGUUUUACAAAACUUCUCCAGAAAACGCAAACUACCGAUAGAUUGGAUUCACUUCGAGUUUGUCACCACCAAAUUCGAGAAAGAAACUCCGAACCCGCCGGAAAUAGGAGUGUAUUGCAAGGGUCUCUUCUUGGAAGGAGCCCGCUGGGACCGCAAACUCCUGAAACUGAACGAAUCCCUCCCCAAAAUCCUCUUCGACACGCUUCCAAUCAUAUGGCUCAGACCUAACGAAACCUCUGAAUACAAACCCGUUCCUUGUUACAACUGUCCAGUGUAUAAAACCAGCGCGAGAAGAGGUGUUUUGUCGACGACAGGACACUCGACGAACUUCGUCAUGUACAUGACCUUCGAUUCGGACAAACCGGAAAGACACUGGAUCAACAGGGGAGUCGCUGCUUUGUGUCAACUCGACGAUUAACCUUUCCAAUAAAAUACUAAACUAGGAAAAGACUAUGUUGUGUUUAUUUCCAAGUCGGAGUCCGACUUUAUAUCGGACGAUUGCGAGCCCAGCGAAGUCGCGCUUUCUUGAUAGCAGGUUAUGCGAAGAGCGGGACUUUCUGUCUUCACUUCUUCUUCCGUGUCUGAGAGGAUGACGCUGCAGUCUUCGGAGGUGUUGAUGGGCGGCGGCGUUGGCGGGAGCGGCGGUGGUUUCGGGGUUUCCACCAUCUCCACGAUCCUCGUGUUGCUCUCCAUAUUCUUCUGCAGGAAGCAGAUCUUCGACAGUUCUUCCAGCCGCUGCUUGACGAUGUCCAAGUUCUUGCACUUCUGCUUCGGUGGAUCGCUUUUGUUCUUCUUGGUUGCCUUAUCUAUGUCGUUGUGGAGAUUGUUCAAGAACUGCUGUAUCUGCUCCUUGAUUAUGUCGGCUACUUGAUUGGCGUACUUUUCCUCGUUUGCGUCCUGAACAUUCUUCUCACAGUCCCCCACUGCAAAACGGCGCAUGAAAUGCGGGUUAAAGUAUAACAAACACACACUUUUACCAGGAAGGGGAUCAAUGGGAGCAUUCCCUGGCACCUUCUUGACCGCGAAACUGCUCUUGCUUUUUCUCUCUUCGUUCUUGGGGCUUUUUUUCUCGGGGACUUUUUCCACGGCUGCCUUCUCCUUGGGCUUCGCAGCCUUUUUCCCGAUCAAGUACGAGAAGAUCGGGACGAAGUUGGUGACCAUGGGGAGAUGGAACACGGCGGUUUUGUUGUCGGCGUUCUUCUCGAUGAGGGUGUUGAUGAACUUGUGACAGGAAUUUAUGUAGUUGAUGGCCUUUACGUAGUCUCUUCGCAUCCCGCCGUCGUUUUGGCCGAACCUCGCGCAAGGAUAAAACGUUAGAUUUUCUUCUUUGAUCAGAACGACGCGUUCGGUUUGACAACUGGAGGAUUUUCGUUGGGCCAGAACACGAGGGAGGGGUUUGGGGGCGCUUUUGGCCGGCUUGGUCGGAACGGGAAUGAAGUUACUUCUUUGAUUCCUCAUUCUGCGAAUUUUGAUUCACAUAGCGGAGAGAAAAUUGUCAUUGCGACAAGGCGGAAUUUUGACAGAUCGAAUGGCAAUUGUUUUGGGGAAAGAGUAGCCUCCGAGACCCACAUGGUAGAGUCAAAUAAUUCAAGAGGUUAUUAAGAGGAUUUAUAAUUCUCGAUAAAUGAGUCACCGAGUGACCCACACAAGAUAAUUAACGUUACUCAUAAUAACUCGCGCGUCAAACGUAACCUCUGAUAAGAUUACAACAGCCAAUAUUGUUUAUAAACCGGUGAAAGGAAUCCGGUUUCAGUUACAAGUUUGUUGUCGUUGAAAAACAAUACCUUCGUAGAACUUUUUGUACUUAAAUCAGCUGCAAAAAUGACUCACGGCGGCCAUUUUGGUGGACAUCACGGCGGCCAUCACGGCGGGCAUCACGGCGGACAUCACGGCGGGCAUCACGGUGGGCAUCAUAUUGGUCCUCAUGGGCCACACGGUCAUCAUGGACCGCAUCACCACCAUCACCACCAUCAUGGACCGCCGCCACCCCCAAUUUUCCCCCACCCUCGACGACGAACAAGAUAUGUGGACUGUUGCUUUUGCACGAUUUUGUAAAUUUUCUUUGAAGUAUUAAUGUUGAAGCUCAAAACGUAUUACAUACUCUUCUAGUCAUUGAAUGCCCUUUUUUGUAUAAAAUAAUAAAACGCAACUAAACUUAGAAA